UUGACUGGUUACUUUUACGCUCAAGAAAGUGGUUUGUAUGCAUUUACCAUCAAGAACGUUAAUGACGGUGCCAUGGUCUGGUUCGGCAACAGUUACGCAUUUUCAUGUUGCCAGCCUGACGAAAUUCCUUACAACUCUGAUAUCGGAGCUCUCAUUUUCACUACUGGUGAUGAUGUCACUGCUUAUGUUCAUUUUGAGGCUGGUCAAUACUACCCAAUGAGAAUUGUCUUAGUCAACAUUCUUUUGGACUCCGAAUUAGACAUUACAGCUAUCACUCCAAGUGGCGUUAUUCUACAUGAUAACUGGUCUGACUGGGUUUAUUCGAUUUCUGAU